AUGUCGACGCUCCCGUGUCUUGAUUUCGACGUGAAGACGCCCGCUUGCAUCGAGUGGAGAUCGAAUGACGCGACGCAAUGGUUGGUCGAUCCGGAUCCCCAAAGAGAUCAUUUGAUGUUGGAGAGCCGCUUCUGCAAUGAGACCUCUUCAGCAUCAUUUCAGCUGCUUUGCCCCAUUCGAGUGAAAGGAAUCGAGUCUCAAUCACACAUUAUCUGUCUGAUCCAUACAUCCUCUAUCACUUCGUUCGACUUCGAAGAGAACCCAGAGCUCCCGGACCCUGUACGAAAGAAACUCAACUGUAAAGCUAUUCGUUUACAUCUCGAAUCCUGUCAGCCUCUCGAUUUCAUUGUUCCGGCUGCGGCGACAGAACCGGUACAACCAAGGAAACGACUAUCUGGCCAAGCGUUCGAUUCUCUACGCUCGCUAGCCAAAGCAUCUUCUCUCGACAUCUAUAUUUCGGCUCGAGAGGUCUCCCAGAUUAAGCUUAGGGCGGUUUGUGAAGCCAUUUCUCGGGGUGUUAUGAAACCAUUCCAUACCGACAUUCCCGCCUUGUUGGCGUCACUCUAUGGCAGCAGUGGGGGAAAAAUCGUCAACCUCCCGCCGCUGCGGAAAAAUUCGUCCGAAUCGCCAAACGAUGAGCCUCCGUCAUAUGCGGAUCUAGAACCUCCGCCCCCUCCGGAUGAUUGUCUUCUUCCACAGCCCAAACUCAAAUCGCCGCUUGCCGAUACUACGGCCACGGCCGGCGGCAGCAAUACGAAGCGACGCCGACUGAAUGAUUCGGGGACCUCAUCCGACGCUGAUUGCUAUCGUGACAUAUUGGAUACACUAUGUCAUAUGCGCGAGGGAAUGCAGAGGCUGAUGGAGCGAGUUGAGCAACUCGAGAAAGAGAACCAAGACCUAAGAGAGGAACUUGAUGACUUGCGCGCCAGCUGUGAAAAGGCUACUGAUGCUAUCGAGUCUGACGAGGCGGCCUUCCUUGAGGUGCACGAAGAACUUGAUGAACUGAAAGUCCAGGUCGAUUUUCUCUCUCAGGGCGGAUUGUACAGUGAUGCUGAAGAACACCUUGUUGAAGCGGUCACGGAUUCUGUUCUCACGCAUAUGCUAGAUGGAGGAUAUAAUGCCAAGAUAACGAUCGAAAAGAGCUAA